AUGAGCGAAGAAUUGAACGAAGUUGGAGAAGAAAAUCCUAUAGAAAUCAUAGAUAACGCUUUGGAAUUAAAUGGAACUAAUGAUGAUCCCAUAGAAUUAAUUGGAAAUAACAAUUUUUCAAUUUCAGGGGAAGAAAAUAAUCAGUCUUUUAUUAGUCAAAAAAGAAAGAAUAGGAAAGAAAAGAGACGAUAUAAAAAUGGAAAACGUUUUAACAGCGGUAAAGAUAUGUCUGAAACUACUACUUUUGUUCAGUCAGUUAAUACAAAAGUAGUUAAAAAACCACCUAAUUACUUUUUAUCAAUUCGAAUUGAUUAUAAAGUAAUUCAGGAGAAUCUCGCAGAAUUCACUAAUUACGUAGAAAAGAAUUUUCCAGAAUAUAAAAAAUUAUUAAUUAAACCCAAACAGUGUCAUAUAACUCUCUUUGUUCUCCGCCUCGACGAAGAUAACAUUGAUCAAGCAAAGGAAUGCUUGUCAACGAAUUCUAGAUCAAAAUUGUCCGAAGGGUGGUCUAUCGCUACAUUUGAAAGGAAUAGUCCUGACUUAGAUUCCUUUACCAAACUCACCUACGCCCUUCACGAUAAAUUUAAAAAAAAUGGUCUGGUGGAUAAUGAUAUCCACAAAGAAUUCAAACCUCAUGUAACAUUGAUGAGACUAAGAUACCCUAUUAAAAUCAAGUCUAAAGACCAAAAAUGUGAUUUUGGAAAGCAUUUUAUAAAUACCAUUGAAUUGUCUUCGAUGCUCAUGCCCAAAGAUGAUGAUGGUUAUUAUGCUAAAAUAGAAGCAAUGACAUUCUGA